GAUUCUAAAUAGUGUCUACUCCCUUUUCAAAAAAUAAAAAAUAAAAAAAAAUAGUACUCUAGUUUUUUUUUUUGAAAUGAGAAUAGUACUCUAGUUAACUUGCCAUACCUGUGAUAUUUUCUGGUUACCCAUACCAUUUUGACUCUCAGGCUCUGACACUGAAUAGUCAAACCCAUUCCUCCUGAAUCUGGAUCACAUCACCAUCAUAAUUAAUAAUGGGAGAUUCAGAAUCAGCUUCUCCUUCACCGAGUUUAUGGUUGGCCCCCAAUCCGAGUAAGAGAUGGGGAGAAUUGUUUUUCCUUUUGUACACUCCUUUCUGGCUCACUCUUUGCUUGGGCAUCGUUGUUCCCUACAAGCUAUACGAGAGAUUUACGGAAUUGGAGUAUUUGAUUCUGGGUUUGGUUUCAGCUGUUCCUUCGUUUCUUAUACCAUUAAUAUGGGUUGGAAAGGCUGAUAGAAGCAUUUCAUGGAAGGAUCGGUAUUGGGUCAAGGCUACCCUUUGGAUAUUCAUCUUUAGCUAUGUUGGUAAUUACUUUUGGACACACUACUUCUUCACAGUACUGGGAGCUUCAUAUACAUUUCCAUCAUGGAGGAUGAACAAUGUACCACAUACAACUUUCCUUCUUGCUCAUUGUUGCUUCCUGUUUUAUCACGUAACCUCGAACAUUACACUUCGUAGAUUGCGGCAUGCCAUUGCUGACAUGCCUGAAAGAGUUCAAUGGGCUAUUGAGGCAGCAUGGAUUUUGGCACUUUCUUAUUUCAUAGCAUUUCUGGAGACUUUUGCUAUUGCUAAUUUUCCUUACUAUGAGUUUGUGGAUCGGGCAAGCAUGUAUAAAGUUGGGUCUUUGUUUUAUGCCAUCUACUUCGUUGUGAGCUUCCCAAUGUUUCUAAGGAUCGAUGAAAAAUCUGGUGCUCCAUGGGACUUACCUAGAGUUGCUAUAGAUGCUCUUGGUGCUGCAAUGCUGGUCACCAUAAUACUCGAUUUAUGGCGCAUCUUUUUGGGACCUAUAAUCCCAGUUUCAGACACAAAACAGUGCCUUCAACCAGGACUACCAUGGUUCCAUGGACAUUCCACUGAAGUUUGACCAUUGCAUCUGCAUAAGGAACCCGGGUUUUUGCUAGACCAACCGCAGAAUUAACCUGGAACCGAGCUCUAUGAUUUAUUGUGGACCCACUGAUGCUGUAGUAAGCUUAAGCCAUAACUGUAACAAAGACCUCACUAAUGUAGCUUUCCCCCCUUUUAGGGGCAAUGAGAGAAUUGCAGGAGGAAAUGUUUCAUUGUGCUUGCCUUUCCUGAGUUUGUUUCACUAGUUGAGUUCUCCCUAUUAUUCUUUGUUAUCAUUUCUCACUCAGUUACCAUCAUUACCAAGUGGCAAAUGCAUCAAACAUGAAGGUCAGAGCAUGGCACCAUUGGACUAAAAUGUUUAUUAUCCCGUAUUUUAAUGGGAGUAAGAGUAAAUAUUUGAUUGGAGGUAAUGAAAUGGAAUGGAAAGGAAAGGAAACAAUCUUCAUUCCUUGAUCUGGUUGCAUAUUAAAAUGUUGGAAUGACUAUUCCAUUUUGAAAUGGAAGGAAAGACCAUUCUAAUGUAUGAUGAGAAAAAAUUUAAUAAUUUUUUAUCAA